CGUGCACCUUUGUACAGUCAGGUGUGCACUGGAGGAAGAGGUGCUCCUGCUGUCGCUCUGCAGUGUCACACAUGCGCAGGGCUCCGGGCAGCCCAGAGCCCAGGGAAGGCAGGACAGGAGCUCUGCUUUGCUCUGUUACUGAGCAACAAAUCCAACCUGGCCUGGCAAGAAAGAAUUCAGCCAAAAGGUGAUUCACCUGCACACAGGAGCAGCUGCCUGCUCUCACAGCCCAGCCUGCAGAGUCAUUCAUGAAGGGAUUUCUGAUCGUCCUGGCUGCAGUUUCAGUGCUGGGUGUUGUGACUACAGAGAGAUCGUCAUGUCUGAAACGUGCAGCAUUUUCUUCCACAAACUUUGAGAACAUUCUGACUUGGGAAACAGAGGAGGAUAUUCCCCCUGGCACUGUGUUUGAUGUCCAGUACAAACAGUAUGGAGAGAAAUCCUGGCUCACCAAGCACGAGUGCCAGAGCAUCACGCAGCUCUUCUGCAACCUCAGCAGGGAGACAGAGAACUUCAUGGAGCAUUUCUACGGGCGGGUGCGGGCGCGGGGCUGCUCCUCCAGCUGGGUGCGCUCCGAGCGCUUCGAGCCCCGCAAGGAGAGUAGCCAUCAUAGGGGCCCCCCAGGUGGAACACGUCCCCCACGUCCGCUCCAUCAAGUUCCUGGUCCGGCCCCCCCUGACGCCGCUGCGGGGGGAGGACGAGCAGCAGCUCACUGUGGAGGACAUUUACAGCAAAUUUGGGGCUGUGGAUUAUCACCUGACAAUAUUCAACCAGAGGACACAGCAGCAGUGGACAAAGAAUGAGCACAACAAAGAAUUUGAAGUUUCCAACUUGGACCCAGACACUGAAUACAACGGGACAGUUUAUAUCUGUCUGCUCCAGAGAAGGAGCAAACCUCAGGUGUUUUGGGUCAAAACACUGGCAGACAAGACAUGGAUUCUCUACUGUCUGGUGGCCCUGGCCUUCUGUGCUGGGCUGGUUUUUGCUGCCACUGCUUAUGUGACCUACAAAUACAUCAAACAGCGCAGUGCCCAGCCCAGGGCCCUGGACUUCAGAGGGAUUCCAUCGUUCCAGCCUCUCACACUGACAGUGGAGCACAUCAUAAAGCCCCUCAGCUUUUCCAAACCUUCCCCUUUCAUCCCUGAAGUGCAGCUGGCCCAGAUGAGCCAACAUUUGGACUGGUCCCUGGAGCCACCACGGCCUUCCUGUCCCUACCAGCAGCAGGUGGAUGUUGCAGCAUUGCAGCUGCCCCCUCAGCCCUGCCAGGUGGAAAUGCCAGCUCCCAUCACUGCUUACACUCCUCAGGGAGCUGAGCAGAGCAUUGCUGCUGCCCCAGGCAGCUCCAGCCUGGCCAUGACCUACGGGCUGUGCGUGGAGGGCACGGACGGGAGCUCACAGCCCAAGCAAAGGCUGAAGGAAUCUUCUCCAGAUCGUUCUGAGGAUGGAGAGCUCCAAACCCAUGGGCUGGGAAAGAGCUGCAGCCACUGGGAUUACAAAGAGCAGCAACCAAAGGAGGCCCUGUGGAAAAGCAGGGACAGACUGGAGUCGGUUGUGAUCCAGGGGAGCCCUGGGCAGACCCAGCUGCUGCUGCAGAGUGAGGGGCUGGAGGAUCCAGAGCGUGUGUCCCAGCUGUCCCUGUCCUUGCUGGAACAGGGAGGAUGCUACAGACAGCAGGCAGCCCUGUCCCUGCUGCUGCCUGCAGGGAAAGCUGCCCCAGACUAUGUUGCAGAGGAGGAGCUGCUGGCACCUCUGCUGCUCUCGGUGCGGACUGGGAGUGACCUCCCUGGAGAGAGCCACGGGGAGCAGUGGGUGCUGCCAGAGCCAUUCCCACCCCCUGCAGGCACCGUGCAGCUCCCAGAGACUGCAGCCAUGCAAGUGUUCCCAGCAGCAAAGGGGCUGGGCUGCACAGAGCUCAGCGUGUCCCCAGCCAGCAGCCCAGGCAGGGACAGGGGCACUCCUCUCACCAUGCUCUUCAAAGAUUUGGACUUGAAAGUGCAGUGGGAUGAAGAGAGCACAGAAUUUUACUAGGAUGACUUAAUGGUAUUUAAAUGCAGAUGAUGUUUUCUUGUAUGAACCAGAAGCAAUGUAAAAGCACAGCUGAUCCUGGCUGUAUUAGAGCUCAGGGCUGUCACACUGUGCCACUGGGGAGUUUGGUGCCUUUACUGACAGAACUGCUCCUUGUUACACUGCCACACUGAAUCUUUGCCCUUCAACAACAGCUCUUUAUUUCUAGCACAUUCUCAAAUUUAUCAUGAACUGGAUUCCUUUAAAAGAUCACUGAAGAUUCAGUUUCCAAUCCCAGAUUCAGUUUACUGAAAAUUUAGCAAAAUUCACAAACUGAAUGUGCUCUUUACCAACACCUAAGAUAGAGGGCUAAGAUGCAACUCCCUUUGAAGAAAUUCAGGUAUGCAAACCUAGAAGUAUUUAAUGUACCACGGUACAGUAAAAGAAGUAAAUAGUUACUGGUGUUCUACCCUUGGAUAAAUGACUUGGAAAAGAACAUUCCAGUUUCCUGAAAUGGACUUUGCCUUCAAAGGAGUGAUUGAAAGUGGGUAACAGCUCCUGAUGCAGCAGUUUUGUGAAAUGUGUCCCUGUCCCCUGUGGUUUUUAAUACUUGUACAAAGAUAAAGCCUUUUUUAAUACCUGUACAAAGAUAAA